ACGUUGGCUGCUUUCGUCGUCCUCGUUGUCCGAAAGAUCCCAGAAUCUCGAGAAGCGAUCGAAUUCGCUCCGCCCCUCCGCCCGUCCGUCCCGUCCGGAAACGAAGACAUGCCUCAGGGAAAGCUCGAAGUUCUCCUCGUCGCCGCCAAGGGCCUCGAGAACUCGGAUUUUCUCAGUAACAUGGACCCCUAUGUCAUCCUUAUAUGCCGCACUCAGGAGAAGAAAAGCAGUGUUGCACAAGGACAAGGGGCCGAGCCAGAGUGGAACGAGACUUUCCUGUUCACGGUGUCUGAUGGAGUUUCAGAGCUCAGAUUGAAAUUAAUGGACAGUGACAACUUUUCUUCAGAUGAUUUUGUAGGCGAAGCAACGAUUCCUUUGGAGCCAGUCUUCACGGAAGGUAGUCUCCCUCCUGCGGCAUACAAUGUGGUCAAGGAUGAAGAAUACCGUGGAGAGAUUAGAGUCAGUCUCACCUUUACUCCUGAGGAACGCAAUGAGCGAGACUUUCAGCCAGAGGAAAGCUACGGCGGAUGGAAACAGUCUUCAUUUGAAUGAGCAACGACCGGGCCCUUCCAGUUGCUUUGAAAUUACUUCCAUUUGAUGCAUCCUGAAAGGCAAAGAAGAGGUGUAGUUCUCAUCUAUAUUCUUUGCAUUUUGUGGAUCAUAACGGAGGUUGAGCGGAUGUGUUUUGAAUUUCGAUGUUACGGAUUGGGAUCUUUUGUUGUCUGAUAUCUGUUGAAGCGCCUUGAACUAUCGCGCUUGCAUUUUCGAAUCUGUGUUUCUGGUUCACCAUUCCUUUUCUGCAUUGUACUCGCGCCCCGUGUUUGAGUA